GCUAACGCUUUCUAUUUCAUACAAACCCUUCCUUCCACAAAAAAAAAAAGAAAAAAAGAAAACAUCCAUACCAUGCAUUUCUCUACCCUCGUUCUUGCAUCUGCUAUCGCUGCUGUCGCCAAUGCCCAGGCCACUGAAUUCCCCUUCAAGCCUGAUGGCGAGUGCAUUACCAACUGUCUGGUCACUGUUGGCAAGAAGUUCUACCCUGACUUCACGACCGAUCCUACUAGCCCUCACUUCAUAGCCUCGCUUGCCAUUUCCUAUGACCGUACCUCACCACACUACAUGCAAUUUAUGGCUGAGACAGGCCCAUGCAAAGGAACAUGCCCAGCUGACGAAAUCAACAAAUACGUUGAAGAGCACAAAGCAAAGCAGGCGUGGUAUGAGGCUAACAAGAAUAGUGGUGGCAACACUGGAACACCAUCCCCUUCUGCAACUAAGCCUGCUACUGACUCUGCUACUAACUCUGCUACUGAGCCUGCUACCGCUACCGCCACUACAGCCACUACAGCUGUUGUUAUCGCUACUACUGUCUCGAAUGCACCCAUUAGCUCAUCAAUCACCAGGACCUCUUCUCCAGCCUCUCCUUCGGCUACUAACCCAGAUAGUGGUGCUUCCAUCUCAGCUGCCGUCUCAGGCCUUAUUGGAGUUGCUGCUUUAUUGAGCGCCGUGGUAUUGUUUUAAACUAAGCAGUCUGCUUGAGCUCGGCUAUUAGGCUACAACUCUUCAUUGACCUAUUUAUUACAACUCAUAAUAUAUUUGAAUCGAAAGUUAAAUUAAAAGCUUAAUAUAUUCAAUGAAA